AACAGCAGCAACUGCAUUUGGUCCAGCAGCAGCAAGCCGGUGGGCAAUUGCCACCAGAACCACUGUACAGCAGCUCAUUAAAGAAUCUUUCCAACCAUCACCUGAGCACGACGGCGGAAGAGGAAAACCUUUCGCGACACAACUCACCCCAGUUACGCCGUUCGGCCACCACGACGAACAUCUACGGCAUCAAUGGAAAGAAGGGCACGGCGUCGGGUAGCAGUGCGUCCAGCAGUCGUAACAAUAGCCCCCGACCGAACGGCGAAACGGCUACUAAGCUGCGGACAAGUGCGAUGAAGGGUCAGAACGCAGGCCUUCAUCAUCCGCAGCGUAACAGUGUCAACUAUACUGGCAGCACGCUCCAGGAGGAUCUGAUGAAGCUGAUCAACCCGGACUACAUUGCCAACGAUGACAACUUCAAUGCCGGCGGUGGUAUGGAGCGCAUGCAGAAGGGUCACCAGAACAGUCAUAGCCUCGGCAACAUUGCCAGUCUCGCGGCAGCCGGUGGUCUGAAGCCGAUACCACAGAAGAGCCGCUCGCGAGAAGGGAUUAAUCUGGGGUCCUCGAAUCAACAGUUAUCCACUGUGAAUGGCGGAGGAGGAGCUGGUGGAUUGAAGCUGGCCAAUGGCAACAAUGGUGGCAGUGGUGGCACGAACAGCCCAAGUGUGGCUUCGGGAGAGGAAGAUGUCAUCUUUACGACGGCACGACCAGCUACAGUUGUGUCAUCGAACAGCUCCAGUCCGGCCAGUGAGCUACUACUGUUGGGUCAGAAGCAUCAUCUGAACGAGGACCAUCUGAAGCUGUCGCCCAGCCGCAAGCAGCAGUUACAAUAUGGUAGUGGCGGUAUUCUGAAGAAUGGUGGUGCUGGUUCUGGUGGUAAUGGAGGAGGUUUGAUGCUACCACCGGCAGCACCCGCACCACCACAAACCAAUGGCACAACGACGGCCACUACGAAUGGUGGGGGUAAGAUCCCUCUGCCAGACAUGAAGGAGAUGGAUUGGAGCAGUCUGGUGGACACGGCAACCAAAGCAAUGACUCAGUUAUCCGAAACCGUUAAAUCACACCCGGGCAGUAGCGUGUACUAUGACGACAUCAGUCAGGUGUUGAAUGGCGUGCAUCACAUACAGCAACAACAGCAGCAACAGCAACAGCAGUUGCAGCAACUACAGCAUCAGCAGACGCUGCUGAAUGGCGGCACUGGUGGCAGCAGCAUUAGUGGCACCGGAAGUAGCAUCGGCAGUGGAGCCGAUCUGUCCUCCUCGACACCGAGCUCUGCCUCACCCGUUUCGACCGGGAGCAGUAGCGCUCAACAGCAGGCUCUGAUGGCACUGCAAAACAGCUCCAGCCUACCUGAGCUACAGUGUCAGGUCAGCCAGCUAUCCGAUCGAGUGUUGCGUGAGCAGCGUCGCCGUCGUUCGCUCGAACACGCCGUACGGAAGCUAACGGAAGAGAACCGACGGCUGCAGGAUGAAAGCAUGGCAGCCGUACAGCAGUUGCGCCGAUUCACCGAGUGGUUCUUCCAAACGAUCGAUCGACAAUCUUGAGCGGGCAUCCCAGCGCAUAGCUCUAACUUAUGUAUCGAGUGGCGUGUGCCUGUAUGGGGCACGUGUCUUCCAAAGCGUGAUGAUCUUACGAUAAUUCCUGUUCUUUAUCUCUUUUCUAUGAAUGACCAAAAAGUGUAGACACGUGAAAGUAUAGUGCUAGGACGAAAGAUGAAUUCACCAAUUUACAUAGACACCUGAAAGGUGCUGCUAAAUAUACAUAUAUACACACCUAGGCACAUACAAAAGUGAGGUUUUUGGGGAGAGCACCAGUAGAAAGUUAAACAUUACCUAGUACAGGCCAACGUUACACCAUGCCAACAGGUGGUGGUGUGUGUUUUGCUACUUCUUUAUUCGCUCUAGUAUUUAAUCCUGCUCCAGCAUAGACGAGACGAGAUUAAGCAGAAGAAAUCAUAAUUGAGAUGCGCAAUUUGUAUUAAGUAACGACGAACAACACCAAUCGAUUCGAUAAUAUUUAGCAUAUACUACACACAUCUAGCAUAGGUAUACAAACACGGAAACGUAAAUGGAAAUGAAAACCCGAAAUAGAUUGCAUUAUUCUGGGGAGCAAAACUCUCCCUUACGUUAACGACAAAUAAUAUGCCAAAAAUGCCUCUUCUUCAUAGAUCGUUUGUUUUGUGUAGCUAUAAUAGCAGUUCUAUUGUAUCAGUUAGGUGCCGUGGAUAAGGAAGACUUAAUUUAUGUAAUUUCCCUUUUUUCUUUUUUCCGUUCGUUUUUGUUCCAAAACCAUGAAAUCUGUUAGUAGCGGGUGAUUAGUUCGUAAAUGCUGAACACAUCCAGUGCUAGUAGUGUGAGCUAUAGUUGACUUGUGUAGUUACAUUCUACGCCAUCGUUUACGUUAUCGCUCCAAUGCGCAGUCUAAGGGCUCUAUUCAUUAAGCAAUUCACAAGCAAACCUCCCAAAACAGCCUGAGCGGGCUCGACGCACUCCUCGGCAGUACGGGGAAGCAGAUUCUGUAUUAUUAAUGUUUAUAUCAUAAGCCUUCCUUAUCCUCCGUUGUGUAAGCUGUAUAAUUUUUUGAAAAAAAACUGUGAAUUGCGAAGAUAGACUUUAAGGAACAUCAUCCUCUCUUGCAUCUCUUAAUUUAUGGGUAAAAUGAAGCAUAAACUAUGACGCUCGAUCUAGAAGUACACGUAAACUUUAUUCUUUCCCUGAUUACGCUCAUAAGACGCGCUUAGAAUUACUCGUACACAAGCAAAUAUCUUGACACAAAUUGAAAUAAAAGUUAUGAAAUCGAUUUAUUUUUCCGAGAGAGUUUUUCAAUUUUGUGGAAAAUGAAAAACCGAAGAAACCGCCGUUGCGAGUAACCCUUAUCACUAUCCCGCAGCGUGCUAUAACCAUGAUCGCGGGAUUGCUAUAAAAUAUUGUUGUGAGGAAGGAACAAUCUCCGUUAUUUGCUCAUUUUUAAAGAAACCUCUUCUCGCUAGUUUCGCUAAGUUGUGGCCCUAGCAACAGAAUU